UAAUAAACGGUUUUAUUAGUCUUAUUAUUGUUUUCCAUUUGAUUGAAUUGUUGUUAUAGAUAAUUGCUGAUGAGGUCAGUGAUGUUUGUGUAACUGAUGUUAAUCUCACACUGACUCACAUGUGUUUGUGUUUGUAGAUCAGACAAUCAAAGUGACACAAAACAAGACAGAAUACACACAGAUCAUCUAUUACAGUCUUCAGAUGACAGAUCUGUCACAGGCAGCAGAACCGAGGUGGGGUGCGGAGUGACUCUGAGGAAGGAAAGCUGUGAUCACAACGUGGCCAUAGUCAUGUUCUCACAGUGCGGACAUGAACCAUCCAAGAAUGCUGUCUCAGUGUGUCUGGUUGUCAGGGAGCUGGGACUCCCUGACCACCUGGAGCAGUGGAGUCGCUGCCAGGGGCGGAGGAGUGUCCCCACGUGCUGCCAGAAAAGUGAAGGGGCGUUCUGUCCGCUUGGUGUCGGAGGUUUGACUCCGGUCCACCCGAGGAGGAGUGGCUGUCGUCCGCCUGAUAGUGUGGAGGAGUGAUCGGGGACCAUGAGAUGGCGCAUCAGAGAACCGAUGUUUUGUGUGAUAAUUCAGAUGAAUUGAAGACAGUUUUGGAGGGAGACUCUGUCACUCUACACACUAAUAUUACUGAAGUACAGAGAGAUUAUCAGAUACUUUGGAGGUUUGGACCUCGAAACAUUCGAAUAGCUCAAUUAAUUAAAAGUGACCAAAUAAACUAUAUAUGGGUCAGUAAUGAUGAAAUAUUCAGAGAUAAACUGCAACUGAACAAUCAGACUGGAUCUCUCACCAUCAAGAACAUCACAAUCACUCAUACUGGACUUUAUCAGCUUGAGAUGAUCCGCAAUGGAGGAACUUCAGUGAAGAGAUUCAGUGUUACUGUAUACGCUCCUCUUCCUGUUCCUGACAUUACCAAUAACUGUUCAUCAUCAUCAUCAUCAGAGAGAUCGUCACGCUCUAAAUGUGUGUUGGUGUGUUCAGUGGAGAAUGUGGCACAUGUGACUCUCUCCUGGUACAAAGGAAACAGUUUAUUGUCCUCCAUCAGUGUGUCUGAUCUCAACAGCAGUCUCUCUCUACCUCUGGAGGUGGAAUAUCAGGAGAACAACAUCUACAGCUGUGUGAUCAACAAUCCCAUCAGAAACCAGAUUAAACAUCUCGACAUUAAUGAAGUCUGUCAGAUGUGUUCAGAAUCUGUUCAGUGCUCAUAUCAUAUACGGCUGAUAAUAGUUGCUGUCGUCCCGGUGUUCGUGUCUGCAUGUGUGAUUUACUGUUGCUGCAGGAAAUGUAGAAAACAAAGACAAUUGGAUCAGACAAUCAAAGUGACACAAAACAAGACAGAAUACACACAGAUCAUCUAUUACAGUCUUCAGAUGACAGAUCUGUCACAGAAAUCAAAUCAGUUCAUGAACACAACUGUGAAUGCUGUGACGUAUCAACACACAACACAAUGAAACUCAACACAGCAGCUGUUCUGCAUCAUUAUUAGUGUUAAUAAAAUAAAUAUAAUUGCAGUUUAGGCUAAAUGUCCUGCUGAAAAAUAUGUUUAAUAACUGAACUGUAAAUGUUUUUCAAUAGUUAGAAUUGGUUGAACAAAAAUGGUUUAAUGUAAA